UGGUCCUCACGUGUGCCAACAUGCUGAGUGUUCGAAGCCACACACACGCACCAGCCUUUAAUCUUCAAACUCAACCUGCAAGACUUGCUGCCCGUGCAAAAGAUUAUGCGGGUGUCUUUUAUUAAGUGGAUGUCUUAAAGGUGUCCUAAGUCUCCCUUUUGGAACAGUGGCCUCUGGUUGGACUGGCUCACCGUUUUCCAAAACUCACGGUUUGAAUCCAUUCAGAGAUUUUCGCAGCGUUAGUCAUCAGCAACCAUCCGCAGUGUAGCCUAUAGUGUCUCUACCAACUGACACUCGUGGACAACUCAGUGAUUCAGUAGGAUAUACGCACUAGGGCUGGUCUGCUGUGUGCGCGGAUUGUUCUAUAACCGAACUGAGACUGCGAAGCUCUAAUGGUCACAUGUGGUUCUGCCUCCCGGCGGUUCGGUCAGUGGUCUGUUGGGUGUUGGGCGCGCGGCUGCUCCGGUCAUUAGUGUGUUUGCGCAGGAAAGGCUAACGGACGCCAGUGUCCGGGCAGGUGAUGUUUGCUCACGUAAGCCGCUCGCGUUUGAGGGGUGCAGGGGACGCGGCUGGAGGGAGCGCGCUGUUGCAUCGCCUCACCGGAUAACCGGAUAACAGCUAUAUUUUUCGUCUCCGUAUUUUGGCAAAAAAGGGAAUCGGUGUUCUGUCUCUGAGACUGGACCAUAGACCGACCUUGUGUGUGUGCGUAUUAAUGCUUUCUGUGCGCGGAAUCUGAAAACCCUUUUGCUUCUAGAGUCUAUGCGCCCACCCAUGCGAUGACAUUUGUUGUAGAGAGAGGAUAGAGGCUUCAUGCAGAACCUCUGGUUUCAACAAGAGGGUAAUUUACGAGUCUUGUAUUGCGUUUCAGGAAGAAAAAAACGGGUUGAAGGAGAAUGCAGCAGCCAGAAUUUUAACCAUGCAGAACCGGGUCGUUUCCGGUUCUUAGGCUAGUGUGUCCCCAUCUGAAAUCGUAUGGGGAAAGCGGCAGACACAGAUGGCAUGGACACUUACGCAAGGUCUGCCGCUCUGCCCUGCUAUCGGAGCCUAUUCGCAGUCUCCCACUUCAACCCCGCUCCGUCAUCCGCGCCCCUCAGCCGCCCCAGCACUGCAGCAACGCGCCCAUCGACCGCGGAGCCACGGCCGACGGCAUGAGGCUUGAUCCGGUGCAUUUCUCCAUGCUGGUCAUCGGGGUCUCCUUCGCCUGCUACGCCCCGAGUCUCAAUUCCCUCCAGGACCAGGCGUACCGAUCCGCCGUGGUAAUCGAGGGCGAGGUGCGCUCGUCACCGGAAAACGUCUCCCGGGAGCCGUACAGUGUGAAUGUCAAAGUGCUGGAUGUGUGGCCCGUGAACAGCGGCGGACUCGAGCGGGAGCAGCUCGUUACCGUCGGGGACUUCGGUUCCGAGGCCCCGUGCACCAAUGUGGAGAAAGACCACAGGUAUAUCUUUUUCAUGGACCCAACGGCUGAGCCGUUAGUAUUCAAGGCAUCGUUUGCUCCACUAGACGCCAGCGGAACGGACCUAAAGAAGGAUGUAGAGAGCGUGUUGUGCGAGGACUGCGCGGCAGCCCCAAAGUUGCGGCCCAUGCGGGGCCAGUCUCUGAUCGAGGGAGAGCGGAUGUAUCUGAAGUGUGAGGCAUCGGGCAACCCCAGUCCCUCCUUCCGCUGGUACAAAGAUGGCAGAGAGCUCCAGAGGGGGAGGGACCUCAAAAUCAAGACAAACAAGAAAAACUCCAAAGUCCAGAUCAGCCGUGUGCGGCUAGAAGACUCUGGGAACUACACGUGUGUGGUGGAGAACACGCUUGGCCAGGAGAACUUCACCAGCUACAUCACCGUCCAGACCUUGACCACCACUCUGUCUCCGGGCGUGAGCCACGCGCGGCGCUGUAACGACACAGAGAAGGCCUACUGCGUUAACGGGGGAGACUGUUACUUCAUACACGGUAUUAACCAGCUCUCAUGCAAGUGUCCAAAUGACUAUACAGGUGAUCGCUGUCAAAACUCCGUCAUGGCCGGUUUCUACAAGCAUCUUGAAAUUGAAUUUAUGGAGGCGGAGGAACUGUACCAGAGACGGGUGCUGACCAUCACGGGCAUCUGUGUGGCUUUGCUAGUGGUGGGCAUCGUCUGCGUGGUGGCCUACUGCAAAACCAAGAAGCAGAGGAAGAAGAUGCACAGCCACCUGCACCAGAACCAGUGUGUGGAACAGCCCAACCGGAUGCUGGCCAAUGGGCCGAACCACCCAGGCCCAGGCCCAGAGGAAAUCCCCAUGGUGGAUUACAUCUCUAAGAACGCGCCCACCACAGAGUGUGUUAUACGACACGGAACAGAGGGAGCAGGCAACUAUGCAGGCAGCCGAAUGUCCACCAGGUCCCACCACUCCUCCACGGCCUCGCACGCCUCCAGACACGAGGAGAGGACGUGGAGCAUGGAGAGGACAGACAGCAUGAACUCAGACUGCCAAUCAGGGGCACUGUCUUCAUCAGUAGGCACCAGUAAGUGCAGCAGCCCGGCCUGCAUGGAGGCCCGGGCGUGGAGAGCUGCCCAGCGGGGGGGCCUGGAGGGGGCGGGGCAGGGCAUGGCGUACGGAGACUCCUAUGACUCGCUCCGAGACUCACCUCACAGCGACAGGUAUGUGUCAGCCUUGACCACACCGGCACGGCUAUCUCCAGUGGAGUUCCACUACCCCCCGCUUCCUCCCCAAGUACCCACCUUCCAGAUCACCUCCCCCAACACAGGCCACGCCCUCUCCCUCCCUCCUGCUGCUGCCGCCUACCACCGUGAGGACGACCAGCCCCUGCUGUGCUGCCCAGAGGACGGGCGACUCUACCGGCAGCCCCGUCGCCCCCGGCGACCCUACCUGGCGGACAGCACAGGGAGCCUACCGUCCAGCCCCUACCAUCUCCCUGACGAAGAGGCCUACGAGACCACCCAGGAGUACGCCUCCUCUCGUGAGCCAAUCAGGAGUCGCCGACGCCCACGCCGGAACCGCCUCAACGGACACGUCUCCCAGCGUGCAAUGGGCCUACGGGACUACAGCUCCCAGAGCUUCAGCCAGUCCGAGGAGGAGGACGAGGAGGAAGAGGGUCACGGGGAGAGCACACCCUUCCUUAGUAUGCAGAACAUGAACAUGGAGCCGUGUCCCGGUUACCGGUCGUCCUCCUCCGGGCCGGACUCACGGACUCACCGGGGCCUGAGCCGCCCCAGUACCCGCAGCAACGGACAGAACCGAGGCUCCCAGCCACGCACCAAACCUGACAACACACCCCUUUAAGACCCUCCCACUCACCCCCACCUUCUCCUUUCCCCACUCCUGACUCCCCCCCUCCCACACACCUGACCACUGACCUCGACCCCCCCACCCCACACAAACAGUGGACUAGAGACCUGCACCUAGGAGAAAUAUUUUUAUUUUGUAUAACAAGACAGAUAUUCUAAACAAAUGAAAUAUUUAUUUUCAUUUCAGCAAAAAUUGUCUACUAGCGAACAGCAAAGACUUUUUUUAUAGGGGGAAGAAUAUUUAUAUGUAAAGUUUUUGAUUUACAGCAUUAUGAGAGUAAAACAAAGAGAGAGUAUUACGUGCCAAUUUUUUCACGAGUUAGAUAAUAGAAUAAUAUUGUGGUGCCUUUUGCUGUAUGCUGAAGCUGGAGGUCCCGUUGAGUUUUUGUAGCCUUUCUUAUACAGACUCCUCGUUUUUUAUAGACCAAUCUCCUUCCUCCUUUCUUUUCUCUGAGUUUGGGAUCUUCCUAUUUUAACUGUGAUAUGAUUCUGUCAUCAUGCAAUAUGAAUCACUCCUGUGUAAAGGUGUAUGUUUACAUGAGUAGGAACCACAUGCACGCUCGUUUCAUGGGGGCAUUCUUUCAAAGACGCAACAGGAUGUGCUACUGUCCCAGACCGGAAGUCAUGGGCUAGUUUUGACGAGUCACUCAGACAAACUUCCAUCUGUCAUUCACGUCAUCCGUUACCCCUCAUUGUGUGUUGUUGUUUCCUUAGAAACAGAAUGAUGCUGGAGUUUGAAGGGAAGAUGUAAUACAAGGUAUGUGCACAGGCGUUCAGGGUGUUGUGACUAUGGAGAGCAUGUGUGGGUGUAUGCUUGUGUGUGUGUGUGUGUUUGUGUGUGUGUGCAUGUGUUUAGUGCUGUGCAUUGGUGUGUAUGUGUCUUCAUCUAUCUAGAGUGUGGUCUCUGUUAAUCUUACAUCCGCCACACACCAAUCAUCAUGCAGCCGAAGCUCCAUUGCACUGUAAGACCUCCUUCCAUGAGCAGUCAUUGGCCAGGGAGCUGCCAAUCUAACCACCCCAACCAAUCCAGUCAAUCCAGCCUGAUUCUGGCCUCCCAUGGACUGCCCACCCCUGUUCCUAUGCCAGCAGCUUUUAGCCGCACUGUGUCUCAGGACUUUCCCAUCCCAUCCAGUAAAAAAACUCCAUCCCCCAUAAGUCCACAGGCCAGAUCCACUGUCUGUCUGUCUGUCUCAUGUGUGGCCAUGAUGGGAGUUUAGGAUGAAUUCGGAAUGAAACUUGAAAAAAAAAAGUCUGGUUUGUGAAAUCCCUAAAUGCAGAUACAGUGUGUGGUUCUAGUAUAUGGGUCUCAGUGUGGGUGAAGCCAACACGUUCAGUAAGGUACGCGUGGGGGAUUAAGACGGUCAAAUGUACUGACACGGGUUUGCUGUGUGAAGUCUGUACCUGCUCGUCGAAAUGACAGCACUGGUUCGCUGCAUGACUGACAACACAGGUUCAUUUAGCCACACCUCUCUCACGUGAACUGCCCGUCUGCAGUGCGUUUGAUACUGAUUGUUGUUGUUUUUUGUCUUAUUUCUUCUUCUUUUUUAUCACAGCCAACAGACGAUGUAUGAUAAUAUUAUUACUUCUUGCAUCCUUGGUUUGCAUAUUUCCUAUACCUUUAUUGAUUAACAUAAGUAUACCUUGCUUGGUCAUAUUGACUGAAUUAUCUGAUACAUGUCUGUUUGUCUCUGUCCACCUUUUGAAUCAACCUAUCUAUCAGAGAAUCUUAAGAUAGAAAAAGAGGUGGCGGUGUUGCAGGUAGCAAAGCCGUCCACUCAACUGUAGGCAGCCAGCCGCUCCUUACAAUUCAGCUCAGAGGUAAUAAUGAUAUCAGACAGAAGC